GAAGGAACGGUAACUCCGGAGUACAGGACCGCUAGCUAGGCUCUGCUUCUCAACCGCUGCUCCAUUGAGCCGUAAAACCAGGAGGACGUCUCUACUGAACCUCUAACAUUUUUACGGAUAUUUCCAAAUCCAACAACUCUUAAAAAAAAAAAAAAAAAAAUACUGUGCACCACAAGCGCUGGAUUAACAUUUACAAGAAAAAAAACAAACAAACAAAAAAAAACAAAAAGAAAAAACCCCCAGCCCGUUAGCCGCUGGAUGUCUGCGCGUGCUGGUGUAGGAGAGAGGAGCUGCCUAGCUAACGUUCACAUUCCCACCGCGCUCAGAUCCGAUUUCUGCGCCUGUUUUACUCAUUAACUGCGUGUUUUCUUUACUCUGGACUGGUUUUUAUAAGUUUAUCAGAGUUCUCCGUCGAAAAAAACCCCCCAAGGAGCCGCGUUAAAGAUGUCUGUUGCGGGUUUAAAGAAGCAGUUUUACAAAGCAAGCCAGAUGGUGAGCGAGAAGGUUGGUGGAGCAGAAGGAACCAAGCUGGAUGAAGAAUUCAAAGACCUGGAGAGAAAAGUGGAUGUGACUAGCAAAGCCGUCGUGGAGGUCAUCUCCAAAACCUCGGAGUACCUGCAGCCCAACCCAGCGUCCCGUGCCAAGCUCUCCAUGCUGAACACCAUGUCCAAAAUCCGUGGGCAGGUGAAGAGCCCCGGAUACCCGCAGGCAGAGGGACUGCUGGGAGAGUGCAUGGCCAAAUACGGCCGUGACCUCGGAGAGGACACCAACUUCGGAGCCGCGCUGAUCGACGCCGGUGAGACCAUGAAGAGACUCGCGGAGGUGAAGGACUCGCUGGACAUCGACGUCAAGCAGAACUUUAUCGACCCUCUACAAGGCCUGUGUGACAAGGACCUGAGAGAGAUACAGCAUCAUCUGAAGAAGCUGGAAGGUCGUCGGCUGGAUUACGACUACAAGAAAAAGCGCCUGGGCAAAAUCCCGGACGAGGAGGUGAAGCAGGCGCUGGAGAAGUUCCACGAGUCCAAAGAGGUGGCGGAGAUCAGCAUGUACAACCUGCUGGAGACUGACAUAGAGCAGGUGAGCCAGCUCUCGUCACUGGUGGAGGCGCAGCUACAGUAUCACAAACAGGCUGUACUGAUCCUCGAAGAGCUCUCUGACAAACUGAAAGACAGGAUUCACGAGGCCCAGUCUCAUCCCCGUAAAGAGUACAUCCCCAAACCCAAACCAGUCUUCGACUUCGGAGAAACCAACGAGCAGUCGAACGGAGGCUUCACGCCCGUGUCCUCUGCUCCUCCUCCCGUCCGGACUACAGCUUCAGUGGAGCAGCCGUGCUGUAAGGCCCUGUACGACUUCGAGCCAGAGAACGAGGGCGAGCUGGGCUUCCGCGAGGGCGACGUCAUCACUCUGACCAGCCAGAUCGACGAGAACUGGUUCGAGGGCGCGCUGCGCGGCCAGUCGGGAUUCUUCCCUCGCAACUACGUCGAGGUGAUCGUCCCACUGUCGCGCUAAACAGAGAGAGAGCGAGAGAGAGAGAGAGCGCGAGAGAGAGAGGACAGCGAAAGAAGGGAAUGACGGAGGGUUUUACAGCCAUGUCAGCACCUGAACUCUGGCACUUUGACCUCUUAUGAAGGAAAGAACCAUUUCUUCACAUUCCAGAAGAAGAAAGGAACGAGCGACUGACGACUGGGACUGACCGAUUUUAAACCUGGUAGAAGUCGGACGGACUGACGUGACUUUAACGCACUUUCCGCUCGCCGUACGCUAACUUUCACCGAACCGACAGUUAAACGCGACUCCCGUCUGAUCGCGCGAUUUUAAAUUUCAACCUCUCCCCUCACGUCACACUUCAGCACAGGGGUGUGGUCCCUCUUUAAUCCUUACGAUCGAUCGUCACAAUACGCCCUUUUUUUUUUUUUUUGAGGAUAUCAGUCCUUCGGAAACGUUUUAAACCAAUUUUAAAGCGCCUGUAAAGUAUUUUUAAAGCACUGAAUGAAGAAAUGUAUCGUUUUUCUUUUCUUUUUUUUAUUAUUUCAUAAAUGCCGCACUCCUGCUCGUUAGCAGAAAAGAAAAAAAAUAAAUCGGAAGAAAAGGAAAAAAAUAAAUAAAAAAAUCGAAUGCGUCGGGUAUCUUUGAAAAUAUCUCCCUGUCUUCCGUGAUGUUAUAUUUUCGCCACAUCGUCCACUCGCUGUUUUUAUCCUUAAAGCUACACUAAGGAACCGAGAAUUAAUAAAUAAACAAACAAAC